AUGGUGCUGCAGACCUUCCCAUCGACCUCUGCCCACCCUCUCAUCAUCUCCCUCUAUCAGACCCUGUUCCGGGAGGCCGAAUUUAUGCACGAGAAAGACCAGCGGUCCGAACUGGAGAAGGUGGUACAGAAGCCAGUUCUCGCCAAAGUCUUCUCCUUUCACUACGGGAUCUCCUAUCUCCUCACCAAAGCCCCAUCACUCGAGCCCCGAAAUCCGAUUCCUCUUUCAACCCAAUGGGCAUGGAUUGUCGCAAACCUCCGCCUCGUCGCCCAGCUCAUGUACAUCUCCAUACGUGAAGUCUCUCCUCCAAUCGCCAAGCCCUCUCCCGAGUUCCUUGACAUGAUCUGCGGCAACAUCAAAUGGACACUCGACCUCAUCCGCUGGAUCGCCGCGUCUGUAAUCGAGACUUCCGACCGUGAGACCAACCCAGACUUCUUCGACCCCCUACUCACCCACACCAAUUCUCCGCCGAUGGAUCGCAGGGCCUCGUUGCCUUACUCCUCAACUGCCACUGGUCGCGACAGUUCUUCAUCGCCAUCGUACGUGCAUGCGUGUCCUUUGUAA